UUCCACUCAGCCACUACCGGCCGCCCCUUCCAACAGAAUACAAAUACAAAUAAUGGCAUUAGCAUAUUGUCCUUAUACUUGUCAUUUGUCAACAUCUCGCCACUUUCUCGCUUCUUACUUUGGCUUUCCUGGGACAUGGUCAAUGGAUGGCAUUGCCAAGGAUCCUAAAGACUCCAUUUUUACCUUCUCAUGACACAGGAAAGACCAUCAUCUUCCAUCUACAUGGUUUCCAAGUUCACAGUACUGUUGCUUCUGUCUGGGUUCCUUUUUCUUGUUCAAGCCUCCUCGUGCAACCAACUGGACAGAGAAUCGCUCUUGGCCUUCUCCAGGAACAUAUCCACGCCCUCCCCUCUCAACUGGUCUGCUUCUGUUGAUUGCUGUUUGUGGGAAGGCAUUCAGUGUGAUGGGGAUCUCAGAGUCAUACAUCUUUUGCUACCAUCCAGGGGUCUCACUGGUUUCAUCUCCCCAUCUCUCACAAACCUCACUGCUCUCUCCCACCUCAAUCUCUCACAUAACCGAUUAUCUUCUAAUCUCCCAAACCAAUUUUUCUCACUUCUCAAUCACCUGCAGGUUCUUGAUUUAAGCCACAAUCGUCUCUCUGGUGAAUUGCCACCCUUUGUAGCUGAUAUCAGUGGCAAUAAUACUAUCCGGGAGCUGGAUUUGUCUAGUAACUUAUUCCACGGAACACUCGCACCUUCUCUCAUACAGCACCUGGCAGGAGGGAGUUUGACAUCUUUUAAUGUUAGUAACAAUAGCUUCACAGGUCAAAUUCCCACUUCUCUCCUCUGUAGUAACCUCAGUAGCUCGUCCUCUCUCAGAUUCCUGGAUUAUUCCUCCAACGAUUUCGUUGGCGUGAUCCAGCCUGGAUUAGGAGCGUGUUCCAAGCUCGAGAAGUUUCGAGCAGGUUCCAAUUUUCUGUCGGGAUCCCUUCCCGGUGAUAUUUUUGAUGUUGUUGCUCUCACAGAAAUCUCGUUGCCCCUCAAUAAACUCAGUGGAACCAUUGGUGCGGGCAUUGUUAACCUUACCAACCUCACAGUUUUGGAGCUCUAUUCCAAUAAUUUUACGGGGCCCAUUCCCAAGGAUAUUGGUAAGCUCUCCCAAUUGGAACGCCUACUCCUUCACGCCAAUAAUCUAACUGGUACUCUGCCCACAUCUCUGAUGGACUGUGUCAAUCUUGUCAUGUUGGAUAUAAGGCUCAACUCCUUGGAGGGAGACCUCUCAGCAUUGAAUUUCUCCGGACUCCUCAAACUCACAGCACUUGACCUCGGCAACAAUAGCUUUACCGGUAUUUUACCACCAUCCCUUUAUGCCUGUAAGUCACUUAAAGCAUUAAGGCUAGCAUCUAAUAAGUUUGAGGGACAGAUCUCACCUGACAUACUUGGACUUCAGUCUUUGGCUUUCCUAUCUAUUUCUACCAACAACCUCAGUAAUGUCACUGAGUCUCUCAAGUUACUCAUGGAACUCAAGAACCUUAGUACCCUUAUGCUCUCCCAGAAUUUUUUCAAUGAAAUGAUGCCAAAUGAUGCCAACAUAACAAAUCCAGAUGGAUUCCAAAAGAUCCAAGUUCUAGGCUUGGGUGGUUGUAAAUUCACCGGCCAAAUACCACGCUGGCUUGUUAAUCUGAAGAAGCUUGAGGUCUUGGAUUUGUCCUAUAAUCAAAUUAGUGGUUCAAUUCCUCCUUGGUUGUACACACUUCCUGAGCUUUUCUACAUAGACUUGUCUUUUAACCGCCUCACAGGAAUAUUUCCAACUGAGCUCACAAGGCUUCCAGCACUUACAUCACAAAAGGCAUAUGAUAAAGUAGAAAGGACUUACCUGGAGUUACCCGUAUUUGCUAAUGCCAACAAUGUUUCUCAGAUGCAAUAUAAUCAGAUUUCCAACCUACCACCAGCAAUAUAUCUGGGAAACAAUAGUCUCAAUGGCAGUAUCCCUACAGAGAUUGGCCAACUUAAAGUCCUUCAUCAGCUGGACCUUAGCUACAACAAAUUCUCUGGCAACAUACCAUCAGAAAUUUCUAACUUGAUUAAUUUAGAGAAGCUAUACCUCUCAGGAAACCAACUUUCCGGUGAAAUUCCCAUUUCACUCAAAAGCUUGCAUUUUUUGUCUGCUUUCAGUGUGGCAUACAAUGAUCUUCAAGGAAAGAUACCAACUGGUGGUCAAUUUGAUACUUUCCCCUCUUCCAGUUUUGAAGGAAACCCUCAGUUGUGUGGUUCGGUUGUUCAGCGCUCUUGUGUCCCUCAACAGGCUACUACUGCACGUGAUCACAGCUCAAGCAAAAAGUUGAUAAUUGGAUUUAUCAUUGCAGCCUGUUUUGGCACUGUUUCCUUCAUUUCAGUGUUGAUAGUGUGGAUAAUAUCCAAGAGGAGGAUCAAUCCAGGUGGAGACUCUGACAAGAUUGAACUAGAAUCAAUUUCUGCCAACUCUUACAGUGGGGUUCAUCCUGAAGUUGACAAAGAGGCCAGCCGAGUGGUUCUGUUCCCUAAUAAAACAAAUGAAAUCAGGGAACUUACCAUAUUUGAAAUAUUAAAAGCCACUGAAAAUUUCAGUCAGGCAAACAUAGUAGGAUGUGGGGGGUUUGGUUUGGUUUAUAAAGCAACGUUGCCAAAUGGAACUACUCUGGCCAUCAAGAAACUUUCAGGAGAUUUGGGUCUUAUGGAAAGGGAAUUUAAAGCAGAGGUAGAAGCUUUGUCGACAGCACAACAUGAAAAUCUGGUUGCAUUGCAAGGCUAUUGUGUGCACGAGGGCUUUCGGCUUCUCAUAUAUACUUACAUGGAAAAUGGAAGUCUGGAUUACUGGCUGCAUGAAAAGGCUGAUGGUCCAUCUCAACUUGAUUGGCCUACUCGACUGAAGAUUGCACAAGGUGCAAGUUGUGGAUUGGCUUACAUGCAUCAGAUAUGUGAACCACAUAUAGUGCAUCGUGAUAUAAAGUCGAGCAAUAUACUCCUUGAUGAAAAGUUUGAGGCGCGUGUUGCUGAUUUUGGGUUGGCCCGGUUGAUUCUUCCUUAUCAUACUCAUGUUACAACUGAACUUGUAGGUACAUUAGGUUACAUACCCCCAGAGUACGGACAAGCAUGGGUCGCAACUUUGAGAGGAGAUGUCUACAGCUUUGGGGUUGUGAUGCUUGAGCUGCUCACUGGGAGGAGGCCUGUAGAUUUAAGCAAGUCUAAAAUGUCAGGGGAGUUGGUUGCCUGGGUUCAACAAAUGAGAAGUGAAGGAAAACAAGAUCAAGUCUUUGAUCCUCUUCUGAGAGGGAAGGACUUUGAAGAGGAGAUGCAGCAGGUUCUUGAUGUAGCCUGCAUGUGUGUCAACGAGAAUCCUUUCAAGAGACCAAGCAUCAGAGAAGUUGUUGAAUGGCUGAAGAAUGUAGGAUCAUCCAACCAGCAAAUGAAUAAAGACUAGAGAUAAAUGUUUGUCCUUGACAAAUAUUGACAAUAGAUAUGUAUACUUGCAAAAAAUUUGCAUUUCAAUAUACAUAGAAUCACUUUUACCACUGUAAAUGAUGACUCUACCUACCAGACUUAUUUAGUAAUUAGAUUUUGAUAAUUAUUUUACGUGAUUGUCUAUAUUACACAGAAAAACUUUCUACACGAAGAAUUAGCAUCAUUUCUUAUGCAUAGAGUA